AUUACAACGAACCAACGAUGUUGGCGAUAUGAUUAGUUAAUUUUUGGCAUUCAUUCGAAUCACAUCUAUAAAUGAAUUUUCUUGUUACAAUUUUUGUCGGGCUGUUGCUUGUAUUUGCUGUAAUUCAAAUCGUUGCAGCUUCUACCAACAAUGGGAAUAGAAUCGUUUUGAAUGUAGCUGUUAUUGGAGCUGGACCAGCAGGUCUUUGUAGCGCCAAACACUGUCUUGCCGAAGGUCAUGAAGUAACCGUCUACGAACAAAGUGAAGAGAUCGGUGGAGUGUGGUAUUAUACUGAUGAAAUCGGCAAAGAUAAAUACGGUAAUCCAAUUCACUCGCCCAUGUACCAAGGACUAAGAACAAAUACGCCCUACCAAGUGAUGACUUUUUCCAACUUUUCUUAUCCAACAAAUACAACACCUUUCCCACCACAAACAGACGUACUGAAAUAUCUCCAUUCAUAUGCAAACCAUUUCGAAUUGGGAAAA